AUGGCCGACUCCCCGACCCGCCCUCUCACCUCUGAUCAGGAAGGGCCCUCAUUAACAGAUAUCAGGGCGGACAUUAGAGCCCUGGCAGCGGCAAUGGUGACCAAAAACGAUCUGCAGAUCCUGUCUGACAACCUGCACGCAGCGAUCCGCACAGAAGUGACUGCACUCAGGGCUGAUCUCACCACACAAGCUAACAAGCUCCAG